UUAGUGCUAACAGCAUUGUUUUAAUUGCUUUCUUUGUCUUAUUUCAAAGAAGUGAUGUGACAGUUGUGCAUGAAGUUUUUCUUCCUGACAAUGUCUUGAAAUACUGCAUAGCAGGAAUAACUGAUUUUGUCUGAAGGGCAUUUUAUGGAAAACAUUUAGCUAUGCUAAUUAUUUGAGGCAUAGUUCAUGCAGCUAUUAGUUCUCUGACAAUACCUGAUGGUGAACUUUUGGCUUCAAUGACAAGAUUUUUAUAUAUGCCAUUUGCAUGUGUGGAAGAAACCUCAUUUGUUCAUUAAAAAGGACAAUUUUCCCCAUUUUGAUAAGGAGAUAAACUUCUGCAGGAUGCAUUACGUGUAAUUUAAGUUUAAUGGUGCUAUUUGGGCUGGCUGUUGGGUACUAAAUAGUGAUGAGAAGCCUGACAGGGAAGUGUAGAAACGACCCCAGUACAGUUCUCCCUGGGAGGUGCUUCUGGACUGUGUUAAAUAAUACUGGAGAAAAAUAAAUACGAAAAGCUUUAGAAAAUGUCAAGAUGUGGAACAGGGCUGUUAUUUCUCCUGCGUUGCACACACCCAAAGCCCCUCACGGCUGCCUGAAGCAGUGCAGCCUCCUUCUCCUCCCGGAGGGGUGCGAGGGCAGUGCCACAGACGCCACACCCCGCCGAGGGCAGGGCAGCCGGGGAAGGCUGCUCAUCUUUCGUCUUCCUCCUCCUCCUCUUCCUCGGGCUGGCCUCGGGGGCUCCGGAGGCGGCGGCCGCACCACUGCUUUAAGAUAAAAACAUCAUGGACAAAUAUGAAAUCCUUAAGAAAAUUGGAGAAGGAUCUUACGGCAAAAUAUUCUUGGCAAAAGGAAAACUGGAUAAUGAGCAAUGUGUCAUCAAAGAGAUUGAUUUAACUAAGAUGCCUGUGAAAGAAAAGGAAGCCUCGCAGAAAGAAGUCAUUCUUCUGGCCAAGAUGAAGCAUGCAAAUAUAGUAACCUUCUUUGCUUCUUUGCAAGAAAACAACAAGCUGUAUAUCGUGAUGGAAUACUGCGAUGGUGGAGAUUUAAUGAAGCGGAUAAAUAUGCAGCAUGGAGUACUGUUUGAUGAGGACCAGAUUUUGAGUUGGUUUGUGCAGAUCUCCUUGGGCCUGAAGCAUAUUCACGACAGGAAGAUUUUACACAGAGAUGUAAAAGCACAGAACAUUUUUCUUAGCAGUAAUGGAAAGAUAGCAAAGCUUGGGGACUUUGGCAUAGCAAGACAGUUGACCAACACUAUGGAGUUUGCCUAUACCUGUGUAGGGACCCCUUAUUAUCUGUCACCUGAGAUCUGUGAAAAUCGACCAUAUAACAAUAAAACAGAUAUUUGGUCUCUUGGCUGUGUGCUCUAUGAGCUAUGUGCACUAAAGCAUCCUUUUGAAGGCAGUAGCUUGCACCAGCUGGUGCUGAAGAUUUGCAGAGGAUAUUUUCAGCCCGUGUCUCCCAAAUAUUCGUAUGAUCUGAGGGCGUUAAUUUCCCAGUUGUUUAAAGUAUCUCCAAGAGAUCGACCAUCGGUGAAUUCUAUUUUGAGGAAGCCCUUCUUGCAGAAGCUUGUUCUCAGAUAUUUGCCCCCUGAGUUAACACAGGAAGAACUCAGUCUCGCUUUGAUAAAUAGAAGAAAGCCUUCAGCAUCACAGCCUGGAGCCAAGCUGAUACAAGAAUGUAAGCUUCAAAAAAGGAGAGUGCAAGACCAAGUUACUUCAGAAUCUGGAAUGGUGGCACCUGUUGAGACACAGGGAUUCUUUCAAAGAAAUGAAUGGAAACCUUCAGGAGGGCAGCAGCCUCAGCCACAGAGCUCCAGAUUUAAGAUGGCAGAAAGGCCAGAAAAUAUCAGAGCGCUUGGCCAUUAUGGUCAUUACUAUGAUAAACUUGACAACUUGCAGAGGAAAGGUAAUGCACAUUAUGACCUGUCUCACAUCAGCCAAAGAGUUGAGGAAUACUAUAAACAAAAAGGACAAGUUGCACCUCCACCCCCCCAACCUGACGGGCCUGCAGAAUAUCUUCAAAGGCGUUUUGAAGCCCAGCAGUACAAGAUUAAAGUGGAAAAACAGCUGGGACUGUGGCCAUCCUCUGCUGACCCAUAUCAUGACCAAAUGCAGCAGCAGGAAAUAACAGAAGAGCAUCUCAAAUUGCAUCACCAGGACAUGUCUAGAAAGAAUGAAAUGAAAGAACAGGAGUACCUGAAACAGUUACAGAAAAUUCGGGAAGAAUACCACAGCAAUAUAAAAGAAUUCAGAUUCAGAGCAGGAAUACUCCAGGACAAUCAAAAAAUACAAGACAAAACCUAUCUGGUGAGGCAAGGGAAAGCUGAGAACCUGUCUGAAACCACAGAUACAGCUGGAACAAAAGAGUCACUUGAGAACAUGGAAGAAAAGUUUAAACAAGUCAGACUCCAGGAUAAACAAGGUCAAAACAUUUUAGAGAAGGAAUAUAGCACAAAGGGAGGAAUAAAGUUUGAAAUUAAUUUAGAUGAAUGUGUUCCUGAGGAAGACAACAUUCAAGAAGCAGAGGUACAAGAUAAAGUCAAUGAGAUGUUGACUUCCGUGGACGGGCAGAAUCUUAAGGAGAACUUGGUGGAAGUUUAUGAAGAUCCCAUGGACGGGGCUUUGGAAGAACUUCCUGGAUACCAAACAGAGUCCAGUGAUGCAGGUGAUGCUGAAGAAACCAGGAAGCAGUGGCAAACUGGAACCCCCCAGACACUACUGAAUUUUUUAGCCAAUGCUGAUGUCACAUCUGUACAUCCUAUGGCUGAAAAUGAAUUUUCUGACCGUGUCAUUCUGCCUGAAGACAUCACAGAAAACAGGAAGCAAUGGAAACAAACAGCACCCGGGACACUCCUGAGUAUCUUAGCAAAAGCAGAGCUGUCUAAUGCCUCCUUCAUCCAGCUUGAAGAAGAAAUAGAAGGGAAAUUAAUCCUGUCACCAAAAGAAAGCAAGGAAAAUGACUCAGAAUCAUGCUCCAGUGUUGCUGUUGAUGAUGGCAGACUUGAGCCAAGAUCAGAUGAUGAGGACACGAAUUUUGAAGAUUCUGAAGACGAACUGAGAGGUGAUCUGGAAGAAUCUCUGGAAAAAGUGGUAACUGCUCCAACAGAGAGAACCAUAGAGUCUUCCAUGCUUUCAAUAAAUAGAGGUCAAACACAUCAAGAAAAGAUGAGCUUACCUAGCAAACUGUUUGGAAAACCUAAUGAUGAUUUAGAAAAUAACUGAGUCACUUAGUAUUGACACAAAUAAUUAAAAAGUCAAGCAAGAAGCAACAGCUACGUAGAGUACCAGCAUGGUUACUGUUUCAGACCAUUAAUAUCCUUGAAAUUUUAACGGCAGCAGUGACAAAAUUAGAAAAAAACAGGUAGCUGACAUCAAAUGCCAAGUAAACCAACUACUUUUC